ACGGCUAGUUCUACUUUCCACCCUUCGUAAGCUUGUUUCUUGUACCAGUAGUACUCGUUGGACUUCAUAGCCGUAGUCAUGAACAAAGGAGAGAUUUUUGCUUCCAUGGUUUUUGCUUUUCUUCUUCUGUCCGUGGGUUAUUCAAGCAGUCAUGAAGAAGAAGAAGCUGAUCGGAUAACAGCACUUCCGGGUCAGCCAAAUGUCUCCUUUCAGCAGUUCUCCGGCUAUGUCACCGUCGAUCAAGUCGCCGGGAGGGCCCUAUUUUAUUGGCUCACUGAAGCAGUUCAGGACCCAGUCUCUAAACCUUUGGUUGUUUGGCUUAACGGAGGUCCUGGCUGUUCAUCGGUGGCUUAUGGUGCUUCAGAAGAGAUAGGUCCAUUCAGGUUAAACAGAAGCGGGUCGGGUUUAUACAUUAACAAGUUCUCAUGGAACAUUUUAGCAAACCUUCUGUUCCUUGAAACGCCGGCCGGCGUCGGGUUCUCUUACACCAACAGAUCGUCGGACCUCCUCGACACCGGUGAUCAGCGCACUGCUAAGGAUUCACUAGAGUUCUUGAUCCGAUGGUUGGAUCGGUUCCCACGUUACAAGAACCGGGAAGUCUACUUGACUGGAGAGAGCUACGCCGGGCACUACGUCCCACAAUUGGCCAGAGAAAUUAUCAGAUACAACACGAAGGCUAUGCACCCAAUUGAUCUCAAAGGAAUAAUGGUUGGGAAUGCAGUGACAGACAACUACUAUGACAACCUGGGAACAGUAACCUACUGGUGGAGCCACACCAUGAUUUCUGAUAGAACUUACAGGCAGCUCCUGAGUACCUGUGACUUCCAUGGCCAAAAGGAAUCAAAAGAAUGUGAAUCACUAUAUGCAUAUGCCAUGGAUCAAGAAUUUGGCAACAUUGAUCAGUACAACAUAUAUGCUCCACCUUGCAACAAUUCAGAUGGCACUGGUUUUACACGUAGGAUGCUGCGUUUGCCACAUCGGCCAUACCCGGUUUUCUGGCAGUUUUCUGGUUAUGACCCAUGUACAGAAAAAUAUGCUGAGGUUUACUACAACAGACCAGAUGUGCAGAAAGCCCUCCAUGCCAACACAACCCAAAUCCCUUAUAAAUGGACUGCUUGCAGUGAAACUUUGAACCAGAAUUGGAAUGACACAGAAGCAUCAAUUCUUCCCAUUUACAAAGAAACUAUUGCUGCUGGUUUGAGGAUCUGGGUGUUCAGUGGCGAUGUCGAUUCAGUCGUUCCGGUUACAGCCACCAGGUUUUCGCUUGCACACCUCAAUUUAUCUAUCGAAAUUCCAUGGUAUCCAUGGUAUGUAAAGAAACAGGUGGGAGGAUGGACAGAAGUUUAUGAAGGGCUAACAUUUGCAACAGUAAGAGGGGCAGGUCAUGAAGUACCACUUUUUAAGCCUAGAGCAGCUCUUCAACUCUUCAAAUCAUUUUUAAGGGGGAAGAAUCUACCAAGAUCAUGAAAACACAAUUAUAUAUUCUUCUUUAUUUUCAUUAGUCUAGACAAAAAAAAAUACCAUUUAUAAUUUACAAGGAAAAGCAAGUUUGGAGAGAGAGAGAGAGAUUGUGAUAAAGGAAACAAAAUGAAAUCAAGAUGGUUUCCUCUGUAACUUAUAUUUGAUUUGGAUGGCCAAUGUGAGGAAAUAAGAAAAUGGUCUUGAUUUUCUCUCUA